UGGUGUUCCCCCAGACAAGCUGGAGGACGUGGCUGGGGAGGGGGAGUCUGGUUAGACUGCUGCCCCCAGAUAAGUGGAAGAAGAUGAAUGGAUGGAAAAUACUGAAUAUUGAAUAAACUAUUUUGUUGUUUCAAAAAGGGCACAUACAGGUACAUACAAAGCUGAAAAUGACUCGUAUAUUUAUGUAUUAUAUGUCUCUUAGGUAUUUUUUGCACACAUGUAACAUGUAAGUAUAGUGAUGGUGUGUUUAUGUUGGUGUGUUUUUGUGGUAUUUGUCUGUUGUUUCCGUCGUCCUAGGCAACUGGAGUUAAUGUGAGACCACUUAUACAGAGAUGUUAGCAUCAACUCUACAAUGAUGGGGAUUUAAAGGAGAGUCUGUAGCUCUCUGCUCAGGGACAGUCUUCUGCAGCCCUUCUGUGAUCACAGGCCUACCUGGCAUUUCUCAUCCAUAUCCUUCUUCUUUCCAUUCACCCAUCUUUCCCCGUUAUGAAAGGCCUGUCCAGUAGCCGGGGUCACCAUCAUGUGGUCUCCUAUGAACCAUCAUAUGAUCCACUGGGUCACCAUGUUGACCGCAAGCCAUAUUUGAUCAGUCAGAUGGACAUGCCUGUGCCCAUUCCCAUGCCACAUCCAGCUGAGCUGCCCUACUACAAUGCUCAGCGUACCUCAUACCCCUCUGACAGCAACAGCAUCGUCCCAUAUGGAACCUUCCCCAGGAGGUGCCACUCUACCUCCUCAUCUCACCAUCCUGAGGUAAAGGAUGAGUGUAUGGCCAUGGUACCAUAUGUAGGAGGAGGAGGAGGAGGAGGUGGUGGAGGAGGAGGAGGUGGAGGAGGCUAUGGGGGUAAAACACCCACUCGGGUACCAGCAAACUUUGUGGACCCGUUUGAACGUCAGCCAUCAUUUUCCAGAGAUGGCUACCAUACAUUGCAAUACAAACGAGGGGUGCAGGCCCACAGUGGGGGGAUGGGGGCCAACAACAACAAUGACAGUCCAGGGAGAAUUCGCCAUCUUGUCCACUCAGUCCAGAAACUCUUCACCAAGUCACAUUCACUGGAAGGGCCACACCACACACAGUCCUCCAAGGGGGCCAAUAAUGGGAGUGUUAAUGGUGGUGGUGGUGGCGGUGGAGGAGGUGGUGGUGGUGGCUCCAGGGCCAGCCCAGAAGGUGAAGCUCCACCAGUGGGAGUGCGCCACCGGAAACGCAGUAAGAGCCGUGAGCGCUGUAGAUCAGCAGAGCCCAAGCAUCGAAGCCACCACCACCACCACCACCAGCUCCACGGCUCAGCAUCUGCUCCAGGCUCUGGAUACUGGAGCUCAGAUGACAACCUGGAACGGGAGCUGUGUCUCUACCACCCUCACCACCACCAACCUCCACCUUCACCCUCCCCCUCCAUUUCCCCCUCGCCUAUUGCCAUGACAAUAAGCCGGUAUCCCGGCAACAACCCAGACAAGUUCCCCCAGACUCCCCUCCCCAGUCUCUCCUCCUCGCAGUCCCAGCAGUACUUCAUGAUGGACCCUUACGGCACACUAAACGAGCACACACACACCCACGCACACCAUGGCCACACACACCACCAUUCUGCACUCAAAGCCUCCCGGAGCAACAACGAUGUGAAGUAUGCAGCGUCGACAGCAUGUGUGCCGAUUAGUGGUAGCAGCAAUAACAGCGGUGGCGGUAUCGGUGGAGGAAGUGGCUCCUUGCUUCCAGUGGGUCUUGUGGACGGGCCCCUUGUGAAGAAAGGGCCAUGGUCAUCAAGCCUAACGGUGAGCAGGGCCCGAGAGGUCUACACCAACAACAGCAGCCACAACCAGCCACGAGCCAGCGCAGGAUCCGGUAACCUAAACCUAGAUAGAGCUCUAGUCAAAUCUAAGGGCAGUCAGCAGCAGGAGCGCGCUUGCCAUUUCUUACAGGUACCUCAGGAUGAAUGGAGCGGCUUCUCUCCUCUAGGGAAGGAAGAUGACAUCCCCUGUCGGAGGAUGAGAAGCGGCAGCUAUGUGAAAGCCAUGGCUGAGGAUGACAGCGGAGAUUCUGAUGGAAGUCCCAAGCCCUCGCCCAAGAUCCAAGCUCGGCGGGCCAGCUACCUGAAAGCCACACAGCCAUCACUGACUGAGAUGACCACUCUACAGUAA